AUGAUCGUAGCUUACCUUAUGAAGAGCCUGCUCGUCGUAGUACUGUUGGCAGCGGUAGCCUCAGCCGCCAUCGUCAGCCAGGACAUAGCUGAUGCACCUGAGGCAGUCAUCACGUAUGAGAGCAUCAUGUAUAGUGAUGAUGCUGAAGUGGCUGAAGUAGAGGCUGGGAGCAAAAGCGUAGAUAUCGAGACUCGUCGCAACCUCAGCGUGGGAACCAUCGGCAACAGCAGGCUGCUCGCAAAUACUCAACACAUCAGAGGCGCCAUCGCGAACACAAUUCUCGUCCACAACGCUACUUUCAAUUUCGCCUCCAGUAUCAGAAUAGCCGCGAUCCGAGUGACGCGAGUGGGAGCCUCACAGAACGCGACCCCGUCCAUUGUAUCUGGAGGUCUGAACCGGAACCAAAACGCAAGCGUUGUUUCAGACCGGUUUACUGUGAGGCCGUGGUGGGCUACUAGGCUGAUGAAGAGCCUGCUCGUCGUAGUACUGUUGGCAGCGGCAGCCUCAGCCGCCAUCGUCAGCCAGGACAUAGCUGAUGCACCUGAGGCAGUCAUCACGUAUGAGAGCAUUAUGUACAGCGAUGAUGCUGAAGUGGCUGAAGUAGAGGCUGGUAGCAAAAGUGUAGAUAUCGAGACUCGCCGCAACCUCAGCGUGGGAACUAUCGGCAACAGCAGGCUGCUCGCAAAUACUCAACACAUCAGAGGCGCCAUCGCGAACACAAUUCUCGUCCACAACGCUACUUUCAACUUCGCCUCCAGUAUCAGAAUAGCCGCGAUCCGAGUGACGCGAGUGGGAGCCUCACAGAACGCGACCCCGUCCAUUGUGUCUGGAGGUCUGAACCGUAACUUUGUGACAAUCAGAAUUACGUCCGCUAGAGGCCGCGGCUUCAACUACAGAAUCCAGAUCUACGGACGUUAA